AGUGGAUUUGGGGUUAACCUCAGUUGUACGUGAAGCAGACCACAAAACGCCAGGGAGAUCUUGAUCUGACUUUACAACAGACGUGGUCAACAUGGAUAGGUUCAGGGUUUUAUUGGUGUAUCUUGUGCUUCCAAUGGUAACACCGUCCGAAGGUAUGGAGGCCAUCAUUCACAUCGUUCAUCCAGACAUCUCAUCUGAAAACGUCCCCUUCUGCCGACUCCACCACUCCAUCGUGGUCAGUGUGCGAACCGGAAGCGGCCAUCUCACCCUCAACUUAGAAAGAAAUUCAGCAGUGAAGGAAAACACACCUGUGUAUGUUGUCAGACACGUUGGCAAGAACACCGUCAUCGUAAGGGAUACGGUUAUGAACAUGGAGGGGCGUCACGAGUACCUGGAUGUUGCUAACAUGGCUUCUAUUGAGGUGUCCUGCCAGACAACAUCAGAGGACAAACCACGGUAUCAGCUUCGAGGCUUCCUAUCUCUUCCUGGAGGUAAUUUGUAUGAGAUGGCGCCUUAUAACGGUGCUCGUGGUGACGCAAGGGGGCCUGUCGACGAUGUUCUGUAUGUCCUGAAGCCAGUGAAGCCUCUUACUGAUAAACAAGCUAUUGACAUCACGUUGUCGUAUGACGAAGAUAAUGUUUCGGAGCAGGAGGCUGAACGGUGGACGCAAGAAUCCAGAAGGAAACGUUCGACUGACCAAAUACACAUUGAUGUUGUUGCUGUCGUUGACCACUCCGUGUAUCAAAGGUAGUUGGUGUCUUUGCGC